GUACCUUCUUCUUAGCCUGUCUGUGGUGUGGUCUGUCUGAGUGACGCUUUAUUGCUCGAGCAGUGAGGUUAUGUUUGUUGAUUUUAUAUUUGACUGUAAUAAAUUAAUAAAGUACCCAUUCUCUUUAAAAUUGCUCGUUUGCUAUAAUUAAUUACUUCCAAAAUAUUUUCAUUUAUUCCAUGCUGACAUAAAUUAAACAAGCAUGUCAACAGAUUUUUACAUCCGAUAUUACGUCGGGCAUAAGGGAAAGUUUGGUCACGAAUUUUUAGAAUUCGAAUUCCGACCUGAUGGAAAAUUACGUUAUGCUAACAAUUCUAACUACAAGAAUGAUACUAUGAUUCGCAAGGAAGCCUAUGUUCAUCCUUGUGUAAUGGAGGAAUUGAAAAGAGUUAUUUUGGAUUCGGAAAUAAUGCAUGAAGAUGAUCACCUAUGGCCGCAGCCGGAUAGAGUUGGCCGACAAGAAUUGGAGAUAGUGAUCGGUGAAGAACAUAUAUCUUUCACAACUUCAAAAACUGGUUCAUUAGUUGAUGUUAAUCAGUCACGAGAUCCUGAAGGUCUACGUUGUUUUUACUACCUUGUCCAAGAUCUUAAAUGCUUGGUAUUUUCACUAAUUGGUCUUCAUUUUAAAAUUAAACCUAUAUAAGAUAAUGUAUUUGUAAGCUAACUAAUAAAAUAUUUUGACCAUAUCUUA